AUCCGGCCAUUGGACGACGUAACUUUGCUCAAAACAGAAGCAAUUCUAGGCAUCACUUCCUACUGCGACUAAGAAGUCGACCGCCAUCCUUUGCCACCAUGCCUAAGUUUUACUGCGAUUACUGCGACACCUACCUCACACAUGACUCGCCUUCAGUCCGUAAGACACAUUGCAGUGGACGAAAACACAAGGAAAAUGUGAAAGAUUAUUAUCAGAAGUGGAUGGAAGAGCAGGCACAGAGCCUAAUUGACAAGACAACUGCUGCAUUUCAACAGGGGAAAAUCCCACCUACUCCAUUUGCAGCUCCACCACCUGGAAGUGCUAUGAUGCCACCGCCCCCAAGCCUAGGGGGUCCACCCCGCCCUGGCAUGAUGCCUGCACCGCCAAUGGCUGGCCACCACAUGAUGCAAAUGAUGGGCCCACCUCCUCCAGGAAUGAUGCAAGUUGGACAUGUUUCUUCUUCCUUUCCAGGCCCUGGGAUGAGGCCACCUAUGGGUGCACACAUGUCUAUGAUGCCCGGUCCACCCAUGAUGCGCCCGCCUGGCCGUCCCAUGAUGCUUCAGUCCCGUCCUGGAAUGGCUCGCCCUGACCGAUAAUAGACUUUUUAAUUCCCCACCACCACCUUUUAAGCAUUUUUCUUUCUUUUAAUUUGUCUGCAUCAGUGAGAAUUAGAUUGAAACAGAGCACACAGGAGUUGCAGAUUUGGAUCUCUGUUACUUUACCAAGAUAGGUAUUAAGUAAAAGAUGCCACUUACGUGUUUCUGAUAGGGAUGUUCCAUAUGCCUGCAUGUGUUCUCCCCCCCCCCCCCCCAUUCUAUCCAAGAAUGGACACAGUGUGCUUUGAUGGCAAUCUCUCUAGUUUUUGUUUUCUUGUUAAGAGUAUACUGCUUCACUUUUUUUUUGUUAAAAAAAAAAAAAAAAAUUCUUCAUAUUACAUAUUUGAAAAUUAGAUCAUAUAUUUCUUCCUUGAGGAUGAUUACUACUUUUAAUAUGGCAACAGACCUCUUGAUUGUGAUCCCCAUUUUGAAGUGUGAUAAAACUUGGCUACAUAGACAUAUAGACCUCAAUAUGAAGAGACUUCUGGUAUUUUACUUUUGGAAGAGGGCAGCCAAACACAGCCAGGAAUACUUGCACAAGUUAAUGGUGGCUAGCUGAGGGAUUAGUUAUACCUUUAUAAAUGAUUUGAUAUUACCUUAUGUUGUAAUUGGGGGACCUGGUAGAAUACCUUGUUUGUGUAUAAUGGUUUCAUCAGUACAAGGUAAGACCUACUUUAGAACCCUACUACACUUCUGUAAAGUAAUACUACAUCUGCCAUAUUGUGCCAAGUGGAUAUCUUAAUGGUGUUUUUAAUUUAUCUGAAUACGCACCCACUGGUUGAAAAAGUUAAUUCUAGUUUAAAGGGACAGUCACUUCAAAAUCAAACUUUAGAUAGAUAUGCAGUUUAAUUUUUUCCCCCAAUUUAAUUAUUUUAUCAACUUUACUUUGUUCUUUUGGAAUCCUUUGUUGAAGAGUAAACCUGGGUACACUCCUAGGACUUCCUGGGCUUACACGCAUGCGCCUUUAGCAUUUUCUGGCAGCGUUGUUUCUAGUAAUGUUAGACAUUUGUUGCAAAUACUGCUGCCAUAGAGUGACAUUGCACAUCCCUGAGCUACUAUGAGUCCACUUCGAUUUACUCUUCAACAAAGGAUAUCAAGAAAACUAAACACAUUUGAUAAUAGAAUUAAAUUUUUUUUUUUUUUUUUUUUUUUUUUUUUUUUAUUGCAUUCUGUAUCUGAAUCAAAGAAGUUUAAUUUUGGUUUGUCUGUCCCAUUAAAUAUACUUAUUUGCAUCGUGCACUGCAUUAAAUGACUCGAGCAUUUUUUGUUUUCUUUUCUUCUGUCCUGUCCUAGUUAUUUCUCUGGCCAAAAUUUAUAUUUGAAAUUUGUCUCCAUUGUCUUCAAAAUUGUUUCUCAUUUUUACAACCUGUUUGGAUGCAGUUUAUCGUUAAACUUUUAUUAUAAAAGUUUUUUUGCUAAUUAAA